AGCAAUGUCUGCCGUAGCACGAAGACCGGCCAAUGCACCACGUCCGGCAAGACCGGCUGCUCGCUACUGGAGAGGAAAGGCUCCGAAGGGAGUUGCGGAACUUUCUGAAUCCGACGAGGAAGAUGAAGUCGGGGAGGUCGAGGAGCAGGCUGAGGAUGAAGCUGUCGAUAUACCUCUAGGGGCUGUUGAAGCUUCUGAUGAGGAGGAGGAUGAUGAAGAAGAAGAAGGGAACCAACACCGGGCGAAACCGAAAGCCACGUUGGGCAAAAUGAACAUUGCUCUAAGGGACGUAGAAGUAAAGGAAGGAAAGGUUAUUGUAGCAGGUAGAGAAGAGUCGGGGAAGACUGCAAUGGAAGAAUCCGAGGAAGAGUCCGAAGAGGAGGAUGAGAAGGUGGCUGUUCCUUCAGCGGACGCUGAAGAAGAGGAGUCUAGCGAAUAUGAAUCAUCUUCAGAGGAAGAGGAAGAACCGCCAAAACCGAUAUUCCGACCCGUGUUUGUCCCCAAGCGGGGCCGCGUUACUGUGCUUGAACGAGAGCAGGAAGCACAGGAUAGUGAAGAAGCUCUGGAACGCAAGAAGCUUGAAGAAGAAGAGCGAAGAAAACAAAGCCACGAUCUUGUUGCUGAAAGUAUCAAACGUGAACUAGCGGAAAAGGAGCGAGAAAAGGAAGUGCCAGACAUUGACGAUACAGACGGAGUUGAUCCCGACGGCGAAUUCGAGGCAUGGCGUCUACGCGAACUAAGCCGCAUCAAGCGCGACAAAGAAGCACAAGCCGCGCGUGAACUCGAACGCGAAGAAAUUGAACGAAGGCGUGCACUUCCUGAAGAGCAGCGAAUGAAAGAGGAUCUCGAGCACGCAAAGGCAACUCGAGACUUGAAGUCGAAGGGCCAACAACAGUUCUUGCAGAAGUAUUGGCAUAAGGGUGCUUUCCACCAGGACGACGAGGUUUUGAAGCGUCAUGAUUACACAGAAGCCACAGAGAGCGCAGUUGACGUAUCGCUUCUACCAAACGUUAUGCAAGUACGGGACUUCGGGAAACGUAGUCGGACGAAAUGGACACACUUGGUUAACGAGGAUACCACCGUUGGAACCGGUGGGUUUGGAGGUGUCGGACUAAAACCCGGUGCUGGGAAACCUGGUGAACCCGGCAGUGGUUGCUUCAAUUGUGGAGGUCCUCAUUUGAAGAAAGAUUGCCCUCACAAUUCGGGACCACCAGGUACAGGUGCGAACAACGCCAAUGGUACUCAUUUAACGCGGAGCUGGGGUCAAGACAGCAGACGUGAUAAUGAUCGUUCAUGGAAAGACAGGGACCGUGGGGGUCGUAGUCCUCCACGACGCCGAGACUACGGUGAUCGAGAGCGAGAGUAUGACAGAUACAAAAGUCGAAAUGACGACUACAGAGACAGACAACGAGACGAUAAAUACUACGACCGACCCAGAGACUCACGGUACAAGGACCGCGACGCUUCUGAUCGGCACUUACGCAGGUCUCGGUCACGGUCUCCUGUAGGUCGUAACGGUGACCGAGACCACCGCGAACGCCCUCGAAAUCGCUCAAGAGAUCGCUCAUUGGAGGAUUCCCGACGUGGAAAACGCAUACGGACAGACUAAAAUGUCGCAUUACUGUAUACUGUUUUGAUUCUCUUUUCACUCUGCACCUACAGUUUAACCAUUUGGGAACC